AUGGCCUUACACUUCAAUGAUAAUAAUAGUCGUUCAUCGUUUCCAAUGUAUUUUGGUCGUCAAACGAAAUUUGGUGAUGCUGCUUCUACACCAUUGAAAUUGAUUAAAUUGCAUGUCGAACAACAAGUGAAUGCAACAUUUCCGCUCAUACAUCAAGUAGCAACAACAAUGGUAUUUAAAAAUGAUCAAAAUCGAGUAUUAGAAGGAGCUUUGGAAUUUACACUAGCUGAAAAAGCUACAAUUUGCGGAUUCGAAAAAGCUCGUAUUACAUUCGAAAAAGAAGUUCGAAAAGGUGUUGAUCCUGGACUAGUCGAAAUGGUUCAAGGAAAUCUAUUUCGUACAAGAGUUUAUUCGAUACAAGCUGGAGGUAUACGAAUAGUACGUGUCAUUUAUCAAGAUCAAGCAAAAGUUGAAAAUGAUAAUUUUCUAUUCAAUAUUCCAAUCUACUUUACUACAACUCUCGACAAUUUAGAUAUUUCAUUAAUUUGUACACACACUUCAAAUCAUUCUCAACCACAAUUUCUUUCAGAUGUUAAAUUUCAACAGCCUUUUGUCAAUUCACAGGGAAAAUAUUGUUCUGAACUUCAUCUAGUCAAUGUUAAACCAUUGAAAGGUGAACAGUCUAUGACAUACAUGUUAAGAAAUUUAGCACCAGAACAAGCCAUUUACAGUGUAGAAAUUGAUUCUGAUGAUCGUAAUCAAGCCUAUUUUGCUCUUUGCUAUAUGCCACCAUUCCACCAAUACAAUACAAUGAUAGAUAAUAAUGAAAAAGCAAUGUCCAUUUGUCUACUAUGGGAUGCAAGUUUAAGUCGAGCCAAUGUUGAAAAUCGUAAUCAUGAAAUAAAUAUUCUCAAGAAUAUAUUAAACAUUUGUCAAUUUUUAACCGAUCUAUCAUAUGACGGUGCAACAAAUCUAUUACAACUAGCUACAAUUUCAACGAUUAUUCCAAAUAUAACACACUAUUUUCUAUUUAGUGAUUGUCUUUCGACUAUUGGUAGUGAUGAUUCGACACAGUUGAAUCAAUUAACGACAAAACCACUUUGGAUAUUUAAUGCUAAUUCGACACAUGAACCAACAAAUUUUUCAUUGAUUAAUUAUUUAACUAAUGUCAGCGGUGACGGUUAUAUUUCGCGUGACAAAAUCUUGGAUCAAAAUAGUGCAAACCAUAUCGUUCAAUGGGUUGAUAAGUCACAAGCACGAUAUAUAAGUACGGAUAUCAUCACUAAUGCAAAUGUUCAUGAUAUUUAUCCGAGUCAUUCAAUUGUGUUAAUACCAAAUGCAGAAAGAUUUAUACUCGUCGGAAAAAUGUCAUCAACAGCUUCAGCUAAGAUUGCUAUCAAUUUUUCUAUCUCAAAUCAAAUACAUCGUCAAGAAUUGAUAAUAGAUAGAGCAGAUUCAACACCUGAAAACUAUGGAUUAUUACGUCGUUUAUAUGCGAAACAAAUGUUAACUGAAUUAACUGCAUUUCCAGAAAAAAAUAAAAAGCGUAUUUUAGAUAUUGGUAUGAAAUAUUCAAUUGUGAAUAAUUUUACAUCCAUACUUGUCCUAGAAACAUUACAACAACAUAUUGAGCAUAAAAUAUGUCCACACCCAUCACGUACAACAUUAUACAAUGAUUAUAUGAAAUAUCAACAGAAUAAAAACCAAGAAGAAUCCACGAAAAGUCAAGAAAAAAUGACAGCUGUCUUAAGUUUAUGGCAAGCACGUUGCACAUGGUAUGAUAAAACGAUAACCGACCAAAACCGUAGCAAUGCGUUCAAAAAGAAAAAAUCUACUCGAUAUGAUAUGGAAGAUCGUAGCACACGACGACGAAUGCAAGCUUCUUCAAACUCUAGGAGAUGCAUACAUUUUGGAGAAAGUCGAGACGCAAUGGAGGAAUCCAUGGAAUAUGCAUCAUUGGUACACAUGAAUUCUCAAUAUCUGUGUAAAUCACACUCGGCUCGAUCUAGAAACUAUGCAGCAAUGUCUUCAAAUGAUGACGAUAUGAACGAAUGUACUCCUGAAAGGUACUCUCGUGCUAGUCAGUCAAGAUCAUACAAUCAAGUUCAACAUUAUCGCAAUGAUAUAUCUACGACGAGUGAUCAUAAUAAUACUACUAUUAGUAGUACUCAUACAAUUACUGUUCAAAAUUGGGAUCCAACCACACCAUACAUGGAAAAAAUUAAGUCAAGCAGUAACUUACAAACAGCUUAUCAGAUUUAUUUAAAUGAACGUCAAUCAUAUUCUAAAUCACCUUCAUUUUAUUUUGAUGUAGCAUCCUAUUUUUUCUUACAAGCUAGUUCUUUAAUACCACAGCCAUCAUUAAUUGAUAAAUUUAACCAACAUCAUUCAAUUUCAAUUUUUGAUAUUCAAUUAUUUUCAAAAAAAACUGACAGCAACAGUAAUGAUAGUAGUUCCAGUACAAACCAAUAUAAAGUUUUGGGUUUACGUAUUUUAACAAACGUAUUAGAGCUAGAAUUGGAAUCACCGCAAUUAUUACGAACUGUUGCUUAUAAACUUGUUGAACUUGGUCUUUUCAAUUUAGCCGAGAAUAUUUUUCGACAUACCGCCAAUUUGAGAUCGGAUGAACCACAAUCAUAUCGAGAUCUAGCAUUAUUAUUGCAAGAAUCUCAUAUUCAAAAUAAGAACAUUACAGAAAUAUCAGAUCUAUUUAAAAAAGUUAUAUUUGGUGAAUGGGAUAAUCGUUUUGCUGAAAUUGAAGUUACAGCAUUACAUGAACUUAAUUGGUUNUAA